CUUGAAUCAACACGUUAACAAGGCUGCUUGUCUGGACUUAGAUUAUUUGUUAUUCCCCGCCACUAAUCAGAGUUUGUAUAAUUUUGUCCUCGUAUAGCGCUUUAUCAUUCAAUUCGAUUGACGGCCACUUGGACUUGAGCGUGCAUUUGUCCUACUAUUUGCUCCGGCUUGCAACAUCAACGGAUCGAAUAAACGCCCGGACUAUUUGAAAACGGUGACAAGGGUCUACAGCUUAUUGAUCCUGUGAUUGUAAUCGCCAUGACUACGAAUUACUCGGAUCCAGAAUCCCUGGCUACUCUGGCGGCUACAGUCAAUCAAGCACUCAUAGAGACUGGACGGUUCUUUCGUUCAUCUGGUUCGAUUCAAUCCAGGGCUCAGCUGAAACGGUCUAUUCCGGCAGCCCACGAACAGUUUCAAUUUGCAUUGGAUGAUCUCUCGGAACAAAUUUUCCUUGCCAAGGCAUUUCUAGAGCGUGACUAUGAGGCAAUCCGAGCGACAAAGACAGAAAGCCAGACAGCUCAAGAUGUGGCAAUGGGUGAAACAAUGGUGAAGCCGGAACCGGAAACUGGAGAGCAAGCACAAGAAAAAGUAGAGGAGGUCGAUAUCAAGACUGAACAAACUACAGAAGAUGUGACUACGAACCCACCGGUACCAGCAGCAACAGAACUGAGUCAACCUAACGAAUCUGAUCAGCCUGUGAAGAUAGAAAAGCCAUGCGACACUCCUGCGGUUCCAGAUCAAUCAACCACGGAAACCAAGUUUGACACCGGACAGAACGAGACAGCGGGCGGCGGAAAGAAUGACUUUGAUCUUCAUUUAGACUUUGGCGAUGAUGAGAUCGGGAACCAGAACUUCCUCAGUAUGAACACAGGUGGUGGCGCGAACGAAACUGAUGAGUUUGGAAAUAGUAUCACAGCUGGAGGUGACGCAUUUGACUUGGAAUUUGAGAAAGCCGGUACUAGAGGAGAGCAGCAGCAGAAACAGCAACAACAACAACAACAACAACAACAGCCACAGCCACAAACAGGGGCGGAUUCUCAGACCGGGGAACAAUCGGAGGAUAUAAUAGCACCUGGGGAGUCCAGCUUUGACGACCUUUUCAUGGGCAGUGGGGAUAUGGGCGAUCAGGGAUUGCUAGAGGGGGAUGAACUGAUGAACAUUGAGGAGUUGGAUGACAACUGGUUUACUUGAUUGGUGUACCUGGCCAACGUUCAAUCUGAGACAUUCUAAAUGUCAACCCACUGUACGUACAAGUACAUCGGAGUAUAGAGCCAAGAAAGGAAGAGGGCAAAUGAGUAAAAUAAAAUAAAGGCGCCCUACUAAUCCGAGGGGCUCGAGUCAUCGCCCAGGCCCAGAACAACGGCAAUGAGGUCAUUGAGCUGUCAGUCUGAUAAGUAGGAGAGUCAUAAUGCGGAGGAAUAUCCACGCUUACAUAUGCUACUAGUACAGUAUGGGGUAUUAAUCUCUUCCUUCCGAGGAGAAGAACCGGUGAGCUUUGCUUAGAUAGACUACUACAGAUUAUUCUCUCAAAUACGUACCCCUACUAUUACCGCGUUGAGAGAAUUGAGCCGAGGAUCCCCCGCAU